CGUUUAAGCAAGUUUAGUAAGAUCUUCUUUUGCAUUUUUCUUUCUAUUGGUUUAAAUCAUGACCUCUAACCAAUUCCUCCGAUCGAUGAGAUGCUCCCCAGCUUGCCAGUGAAAGACACCCCCCCGAACACCGACCAUAUAGCUAUUACCUUACCUUAAACACCUCGAAUAAUACACCCGACCGUCGUCACAGUUAUCAUGUUCGUCAUUAACAUGCCUUCCCACAAAAUUAUGUUACUCUUUUUCUUUAUUAGCUUUCUCCAUUCUGCUACUACUCAAGCACAACCCGUCUAUACUAACAGCAGCUGUUCUGGCGGCGCCUUCGCUGCCAAUAGUUCCUUCCAAUCCGACCUCACCAACCUGCUCUCUUCCUUAGCUUCCAACAAAACCGCCAACAACGAUUUCUACAACACCACCGUGCACCGCGGUCGCAACACCGUAUACGGCCUCUUCAUGUGCCGGGGUGACGUCACCCUCCAGUUGUGCCACCAGUGCGUCGUUGACGCAACCAACAACAUACGUUCCCUGUGCAACGUCUCUAAGGAGGCCGUGAUAUGGUACGAGGAGUGUAUGGUUCGCUAUUCCGACCGCUACUUCUUUUCCUCCGUCAACACGCGUCCUAGUCAGUGCGGGGCCAACACCAACAACGUCGCCAACAACCAAACAGGAUUCAUUAAUGUAUUGAACGCAACAAUGAACAAGGCUGCGGACGAGGCGGCGAAACCUGGUAUGGGGAAGAAUUUUGCGACAGAAGAAGCGAGUUUACAGUUUCAAACUUUGUAUUGUCUGGUUCAGUGCACGCCGGACCUUUCUCCCCAAGGUUGCAGAACAUGUCUGAGAGACGCGAUUGGGGACCUUUUCAACUGUAGUGACAGGAAGAUAGGAGGAAGAGUUCUAUAUCCCAGCUGUAACGUUCGUUAUGAAUUGUUCAUCUUUUAUAAUUCUAGUGGUAAGCCAGCACCGCCGCCUCUUCCUGCACCUUUUCCGGCAACUCAUAUAGGAAAAACGAGGAACAUUGUAAUAGCUGUUGCUUCUGUUGCUUGUGCGGGGUUACUUUUUUGUUUGGUGUACUAUUUCUUAAGGAGUUUAAUAAGGAAGAGACGCAGGGCUGAACUCAGACAAAAAUACUUUGGAGAAGAAAGCAACACUUUAGAGCCUCUGCAAUUUAGUUUGGCUACUAUUGAAGCUGCAACAAAUAGGUUUUCAGAGGAAAAUUGUCUAGGCCAAGGUGGAUUUGGACAGGUUUACAAGGGUAUUCUUUCAAAUGGUCAAGAAAUAGCUGUAAAGAGACUUUCAAAAGGUUCAGGCCAAGGUGCAGCAGAAUUUAAAAAUGAAGUAUUAUUAAUAGCCAGACUGCAGCACAGAAAUUUGGUGACCUUACUGGGAUUUUGCGUAGAAGAUCAAGAGAAAAUUCUCAUUUAUGAAUAUGUUCCCAAUAAAAGCCUUGACUACUUCCUAUUUGGUUCCCAGGAAAAUAGAAGACUGACUUGGGAGGAACGUUACGAAAUCAUAAGAGGAGUUGCUCGUGGAAUUUUAUAUCUUCAUGAAUAUUCUCGUCUUAAAAUUAUACAUCGUGAUCUUAAACCUAGUAAUAUUUUGUUGGACAAUGAAAUGAAUCCAAAAAUUUCAGAUUUUGGCCUAGCUAGGAUGGUUGCUAUCAAUGAAAAUGAGGGAAAUACACGGAGGAUUGUCGGAACAUAUGGUUACAUGCCUCCAGAAUAUGCGAUGUUUGGGCUAUAUUCUGAAAAAUCAGAUGUUUUUAGCUUUGGAGUUAUAGUUUUAGAAAUUAUCAGUGGAAAGAAGAAUGCAAGUUGUCAUGAUGAAUCGCAGUAUGCUGAUAGCCUCUUGAGCUAUACGUGGAAUCAAUGGAGUAAUGAAAAGUUGUUCGAGAUGUUGGAUUCAAAUCUAAAAGAAAUGGAAUGUUAUAAUGAAGUAAGCCGGUGCAUCCAAAUUGGAUUGUUAUGUGUUCAAAGGCAUCCAGAUUCAAGACCUUCCAUGGCUACAAUUGUUUCAUAUCUGGGCAAUGAUUCAAUUCAAUUGCCACAUCCACAGCAACCUGCUUUCUUUUUGCGUGCUCGAAGGGUAAUCACUUCUGCAAGUAGAGAAUAUAGCUCGAUUAAUGAAAUGUCUAUGAGUGAUUUCUUUCCUCGCUAGUUCCCAACUAUACAAGCCUGUUGUAUAUUAUUUCAUCUUCAUCUUGGACACCAAGCUCCAUUGCGGGUAACAUUUAAAUAACAUAAUAAGAGUUUUUAUUAGAUGUGUAUAUUUUAA